AUGGUUUAUAGGUCGAAACAUGGCUACAAGAAACAGUGUUCUCCAGGCUCUAAGAAGCUGGUUAAGGCGAAUCCCUUGAAACAACCGGGGCAUUUCAAAAAAAGGGAAGUCUUUGUUGGAAAUCUGCCCCUGGAUAUCAGCGAGGAAGAGAUUACCUUCUUAUUCAAGGAUUUUGGGAUCAGGUCUUUGAAGAAACACUAUAAUUCUUUUAAAAGUUUUGCUUUCCUGGAGCUGAUGUCCCCGGAAGCUGCAAAUUUAGCAGUCCAGCUUUUGAACGGACACCCCGUGAAAGGGAUGCCAAUGUCCGUUGCGCUUGUGGAAAACAAGAAAAGUCACGAGGUUCCGAAAAACAGCACUCAGAUGCCGGUAAACCUGGAUUCAUGGUCUAGUACCCAUAUCACGGGUGUCACCCAGAUCUCCCUUCCCAAUCAGAGGGUCUGCUAUGCUGUCCCCAUGGAAAUGAGAAGUUCGUUCCUCUUCCACAUGCUGAACGACUGCUUUGGAGAUGCCAUGUGGCUCCCUUCCGUGGCUGGCAUGGCAGGGGAGGUGGGGCUUAUGGUGAUGGACACCUUUCCGCUGAUGCCGUACUUCUGGGCCAUCAUCCUCAACAAGGAAUGCUGCGAAUCCAUGCAGAAGCUCUUCACGGCCUUGGCUGUGGCCGAGUCUCGCUUGCCCUUCCUGGCCAAAGAGGAGGUGCAGCGGGGGACCCGAUGCCUGGCCCAGUGCGACAUCGGGGUGGAGGGCAGCGCCUGGAACAGGUGCUGGGUGCUGGAGACCCUGGGCGACCUGGCGGUGGGCUUCUUUGUGGACUUCGGCCGCUGUGCCAGCCUCCCUCUGACCACGCUAAGAAAGCUGGACGAGGAGCAGUUCUGGGAAAUCCACCCUUUGGCUCAGCCCUUCGUGCUGGAGGAAGGAGUUUUUCCCCCGCAAGUGAUCCGGAGGCAAAUCCUGAAAGGAAAAUUGAACGGGCCUUCUCAAUGGGAGCUGGAUCGGCACAAUACGCAGCCAGAUGCAAACCAGACGCACAGUGGUGUGAUGUAA